AUGUCACUUGCUGAUAUCUGUUGGAAGCUGCUACUUUUCCCAUGGAUUACUAAAUUAGAACAAUGGAAAGGCAUUUGUCUGUUGCAUUUUAAGACGACGACUCCAUUUCCCUACAUCACGCUACCAAACGGAUUCACGUUCCCUUCUUCGACGACAUCUCCGUUCACGUUUAUACCUUUGACAACAUCGUCGAUUGGUACAACUUCGCCGCCGCUUACGUUCAGCACAGGAACGACUGGUUCAGCGACAACAACCAGUGGUGCCAGUCAAAGCACAACAAUUAGCACCUUACCAAUAACCUUACUGCCGAUUACAUCGACCACAUUCCUAACAACGCUACCAACAAGCUCAUCAUCAACGUCAAACACUACUUCUUCAAAUACUCAAACCGUAACCUCGCUGCCGCUGACUAGUACCACAUUUUCUACUUCAACCGGUACUUCUAGUAUCACAUCUCAAACAACGCAAACUAUUUCUACACCUAAUCUAACCUCAACUAUCACUUCGUCGCUAUUCCCGACCGUAACCUUCACAACGCCGAUUCCUAUAAGCACUCUCCCUGGUAGCACACUAACCUCACUUCCACCGAUUACCACAGUAACGAACGUUUCUCCUCUGCCGACUUUGCCUACUGCGGGGACUACCUCGAAUACUUUCCCAACUUCCACAAACUGUCCACCGGUACCGGUCAUUUGUCCUCCCAAUUCGCAAACUGGCACUUCAACGACCACUAACAUAAAUCCGCGCCCAUUACCCCGGCAACUGUUCAACGGUUGUCCAUGCAUUGAUCUGAGAGAUCUUAACUCCUUUUUCUCGUUUCGAUAG